CCUUCACUUCUUCUCGCGUGUCUCCCGAGUUUCACCGGUCAGCAUCCUCUCUCUUGCCUUCCAGCCCUCCGAGUCAAGUAAGCUUCCUUCUUUCUUCCUUAGUUUUUUUCUUCUAUUCUUCGCUUUUCCCUCCGGUCCAUGUCUUCUUCUGAUAGUCAAGAUAUUUCUACCUCGGAUGCCCGCGCAUCCGAGGAAUCCCCGUCCUCUUCUUUGUCGACCGGGUCAUCUUCACCCGUUCCUAGACCCCGGUCGAUUCCAAACCCCAAUAUCCCUGAGCCGCAGCCUGUAAACCGGAUGCCCGGUCAAGUUUUUGCGGAGAGGGUGGAGCUGGUUAGCGACAAACCGGCCCCCUAUGACCCGGAUAAUGAGACCCGGGACCAGUGGGUGGAGAGGCAAAUUACGCCCAAUGCCCACCAGCUCCUCAAUGCCUUUAUGAAUAUAUGCGUUGAGCUUAAGAUCGACCCCUCCCUUCGUCUGUUUCUCUUCUUGUUUGAAGUCCUUCCCGGUAAAUCGGGUUGUGACGGUUACGUCUACUUUAGAGGCCGCAAUGGUCGCCAAUUUAUCUCCGACCUUCCACAAAGCAACCGGCAGUGGAAGGAGAAAUUUGUUUUCAUAAGAUUCCCCACUGAUUCUCCUUUGGCCGGUAUACGAUGGAAUGACCACAUCUUGAAGCCGGAAAAUACUGAGCCGGCUACAGCUCCUGACUUGGAGGAGAGUUUGGGGAAGCUUCUUCAGGGGGACCCCUUCACCGGGCAGAUGUUCCACUAUGGGGCAUGGAUCUGGAGGAUCCAACUGGGUGGUAAGGGUACCCCUCGGGCCCAUGGCGCAGCGGGGCACGGGGUACCCACCCCGGGCAACACUGCUGAGGCUGGGGCCCAGGCCACCCAGAAAACCGGUAGCUCUUCCUCCGCUACCGCAAAAAACAAGCCGGUGCAACCGGAGACGGUUGUGAUCCAUGACAAGGAGGAAGACCCUCAGACCAAGGGAAUAGACCAAUCAGGGAAUGCAGCGGUGAACCCUUCCCCCAACAAGGGAAAAGGAAAGAAGAGGGUGAAGCAUGCAGCCACCACCCACCCAUCCUCCAAGAAGAGAAGAGGGGAGCAUUCCCCGGUCAACGAAUCAAUGGAAAAGCUAUGGGUCAAGAUGACCCUCAAGCUGAGAGAGCAAAAGGCCAAAAUGCAGUUCAAGUUUGGAAGGAGAAAGAUUUUGGGUUGGAGCCCAAACCCAUCAGGCUUGUCCUUUUCAUAUUUACGCACAAGGAAAAAAAAGAGAAUAGAACCGGCGACUUCUUCUUCACCACAGCGGCCAUCUCACGCUCCAACGUCUCUCCCUGAAAUUCGCUCCUCAUUUACACUCCAACGGGAAAAAUCUUUCGGCUAUAAAUUGCGCCAUCGCUCAACAAGGAAAUGGGGGGAUCACUGAGAAUAAAGCAGCGGCUCUAGCCGCUGCUAUCUACGCAGCUCCGAUGGCGAUGGGCGGUGGAGGAGGCGACAACCAGCGGCGGCGACGUUUUCUUCAAUUAUUGUGCAAAUUGUUGAUGAAUUGGUUGAAUCGCACGGUUUGAUUUCAUAAGUAGGUUGGUACGUAGAAUUUGGUUCUCAUUGAAGCUAUUUUAGCUCCAUAUUAUAGUUAAAUGAUUUCCGAAUUCAUACGUGAUUCUUCGUUGUGCUAUGUGUUUUGUAAAAUUUUAAGGAUUUUGGACUUCUUAGCCACAUAAGUUGGACAUUUUUCUUAAGAUUCGUUAUGAAGUGAUUGUUAUGUUGUUCGUUUGUUUUGUGUUGAUUUUCAUAAAAUUUAAGGUUGUUUAAGCACAAAAACAAUUUUUAAGUUUUUGAAAAUAUGUAAUGUUCUUUUAUGUGAAUAGAUUACAAUUCUUAUGCUUGAGUAGUUCAAGGAGACCUGCAAAAUAUUUUCAUCAUUAGACGUUAAAGUUUAUUAAAGUGUAUCAAAUGUUCUUCAUGAAUACUUUGUGCAUGGGAGUUAGAAUGAAAGAAAGAUUCGCUC